AGAUUUAAAAAAAUUGUUAGACAGAAGCCACUUAAUAUUAUUGCUUCUCUCUCUCUCUCUCUCUCUCUCUCUCUCUCUCUCUCUCUCUCUCUCUCUCUCUCUCUCUCUCUCUCUCUCUCUCUCUCUCUCUCUCUCUCUCUCUCUCUCUCUCUCUCUUUCUCUCUCUCAAUUUUCAUUCUUUGUUAAUUUAUGAUCAUUUUAUCAUAAUGAUAAUAAUAAUAAUAAUAUUAUUUCGAAUAUAUGUGAAUGCAUCACUGACACAUUUGUUCUAUCAUGCAACAAGUAUAAUCAAAUUACACUUCCGUUAACUCUAUGUAUUCAAGUGCAUUCUCGAGGCGUUUGGCCGAAUAAUUGUGAAGAAAAAGGUCAUCGACAAGUGUUUAAAAGCUGUGAAUUAACAUCUCCAUGAAUACAUUCUUUAAUGUCGAUUAAAUGAGUUUACAUUAUUUGCAUACAAUAAAAAAAAAAAAAACAGAAAAGAAGGAACAUUCUAUUUUUUUUCUAAGUGUAAAUUGUUUCAAAAAUUUUGUAUUUUUAUUUAAAAAAAAAAAAAAAUGUUUUUCUCAUUUUACCUUGUGAUUCUUGUUAGUUUUGUACAAUCCGAAAAGAUUCAUAAACUUAUGACAGAAAAUGAAAUUUUUGAAGUAUUUGGCACUACACACACUGAAGUUCCUAAAUAUGAGGUGGUAACAAUUGAGCAUUCAUUUCAAAAAAGAUCAACGGAAAAAAAAUUAAAAACACGAUUUUUUGGACAAUAUUUUGUUCUUGAUUUAAAACCAGGACAAAAUGAAAAUUUGAAAUAUACAAAAAUUUGGAAAGGCAGUGCAAAUAAUUCAUUAUCAACUGGAAUUGAAUUUACUUAUUUAUAUGAUGCUUAUUCUGUUCAUGUUGAAAAUAAACUUCAUCAUGAUAUGAAAAGAUCUGCUUCUUUUAUUGUCAAUAAAGACAAAGAUGGUCAUCCACUUUUUGACGGAAUAAUUAAUGGAAAAAUUGCAAUUCGUUCAAUACCUGAACGUCUUCGAUCAAAGAUAAAUAAUAAUUUACAACAAGAUUUGAAUUUUACACACAGUCAUGUAAUGUAUCACAUAACACAAUCCAAAUUUGAAAACGUGACAAAAAUUUUAAGUUCAUCAACACCAAAUAUUCAAAUGGAAACAUUAUAUCCAGAAAUAAUGGUGGUAAUGGAUGAAAUACUAUUUAGAAAUUUUAAUAAUGAUCCCAUAAAGGCAGUGGAAUAUAUUAUACUUUUUUGGUACGGCGUUGAUACGAGAUUUACUAAUUUAAUGAAUCCAGAUUUCAGACUAAGUCUCGCUCAAAUUGUUUUAAUGGAAGAUACAUUACCAUUUGUUAAAAACUCGAGUGCAGAGGGAACUAUAAUUAUCGCAAAUAAAGCAAUGGAAGCAAUGAGAGAUUAUUUUUAUCAACUAGACGAGACUGCUCAAUUUCGUGUUAAUGAGGAUUAUGACUUAGCUCUACUUAUGACUGGUUACGACAUGUCAUUUCAAACAUCAAAUGGUUGGGAUAGAUUAGUUCACGGAGUCGCUCACAAUGGUGGCGCUUGUCGUAAGGUAAACAAAAUGGUUACGGCUACUGGACUUUUUGAAGAUAACGGUGGUUUCAGGGGAAUUAUAACUGGAUUCCACGAAUUAGCACAUUUAUUAGGAGCAGAUCAUGAUGGAACUCCCAAUGCACCAUCAGAAAAAUGUUCAAUAAAUGAAGGUUACGUUAUGGGCGGGCAAAUUGGACAAAGAAUGUUUUCAUUUUCAAAAUGCAGUAUUACUGGAAUGCAACAUCAAAUUCAAUCUGGAAAAUCUCCAUGUAUGAAAAAUGUUCCUUUAGUUAAAAAUUCAUUACCGAAUAAUUUUACAAAUAAACAUAAAAUACAAAUUCGAUUGCCAGGACAAUUUUUAUCAUUAAAAGAACAAUGUAAUGGCAAUACACCAUGUUAUGAAGAUGAAAGGAUUUGUGUGAAUCUUUGUUGUAAAAAUGAUAGAGAACAUCAAUUUUGGAAAUUUCCUUUAUACAGAAAAGCUCCUGCUGCUGAUGGUUCUCCAUGUGGAAAAGGAAAAAUUUGUUUCAGUGGAUUCUGCAUGGGAUUAGCAUUAUAAUAUUGAGAAAAAAAAUUGAAAAUUGUAAACCGAAAAAAAAGUUACUGUAUUUUAAUUUAUUUUAUCCAAUUGUUAAUAAAAAAAAAAUUUUUUUCUUACUAAUAAAA